AUGAAAACCAAAAUUGAUGAAGAUCUAUCUAUUAAAAAUUCAAAGCAACGAAUUAUGGGUUCUGCCGAGAACGCUCUUAUAUUGACGUCGCAACAACAUCAUGGCUAUAUGAAAGUUGGUAUAGUUAUGCAUCUACAAGGACCCUAUAUCGCUUUGGAGGCAUUAAUAACAGCAGUAAAUCGACUGCAACGUCGUCAUCCUUUUCUUCGAAGUCGUUUACAAGUCAAUCCUGAAAAGCCAGGCACAUAUUUAAUGGAAGAGGAUGAUACACUUGAGCUCAAAAUUAUAGAAAUACCACGAGAACAGGACGAUCAUUUUGAUUUUUGGCGGGAAGAAUGGAGAAUGCGAGAGAAAGAUCCAGCAGUUGUUGGACAAGGACUCGUUCAAUUUUGGCUUUUACAGGAUCCAAAUGAUGAUGACGAUGACGAUAGUCCAAGAGAAAUAGUAAUAGUAUGUGAACAUGGUAUCUGCGAUGGCAUGUCUAUUAGUACUGUAGCACAUGAACUUCUGAUAUCGUUAAGUGAUAAUGAUACAAAUAUGUUUGACGGUUCAUUGAAUUGGCCAAUUAUUAUGGAAACUGCAGUUCGCAAAAGUGUCUCCGCCUACGGUAGAGUAAUCAAAUUUGCCAAAUUUCUUCUCAGAGUUCUAUAUUGGCGAGCCACUAGCAGUCGACGUACUACAAGAAUGCCAUUGAUUGCUAAAGAUUUUCCUUUGGAGGAAAUGGCGACAUAUUGUCAUACUGAAGCCUUUUAUGGUAGAUUGAAUAAAGAAGAUACACAACAACUAUUAAAAAAAUGUCGUCAAGAAGGCGUCACACUAACAUCAGCUGUAAGUAGUGCCAUUCUAUGUUCGACUUCAGCAUCAUUGGAAACCAGAAAGGAUCAAUCAACACAAGUAGUUAUGGCAAUCACGGCAGAUACUCGUCAGAGAUGCGUACCACCAGUUCCUAAUCAUGAUCUUAGUUAUCAAGCAUCAGGAAUCAUGGCAUUCACAGUGCUUAAUAAAGAAAUUCCAGUCACAUCAUAUGGUAUGUGGCAACUUGCGAAAACAUUUGGAAAUCAUGUAAAGAAGUCUAUUAAAGCUGGUCAGAGUCUUGCUCUUGCAAUGGUUAUGGGAGAAUAUUUUCAAAGGAAUUUAGGUGCUCCUAAUAUGACGGAACAUCCAACUUGUGGAAUUUCAAACUGGGGUCGUUUACCUUUUCAAGAAAAAUACGGAAAUUGGGAGCUUUUGGAGGUAACUCCUAUUCUUAAUUUAGUUCGAACAGUUAUGCCAAUCGUUUUUGUUCAAACUGUUAAUGGAGUGUUAACGAUUGCCUGCCUCGGUUCUGUUCCUAUAAUGUCUUCAAGGAUCCUAGAAAGAUUAUGCAAUGGUGCAAUGUGUAAACUUCACGAAAUGAUAGAAGAUAUCUUCUAA